CCUCCAACAUGGCGAGCAAGGAAGUGCUGGAGGACACGGUGGAAGAGCGUGUCAUCAGCGAAGAGUACAAGAUCUGGAAGAAAAACACCCCCUUCUUGUACGACCUGGUGAUGACACAUGCCCUGGAGUGGCCCAGCCUCACCGUGCAGUGGCUGCCAGAUAUCACCAGGCCGGAGGGGAAGGAUUACGCGCUGCACUGGCUGGUCUUGGGCACACACACCUCUGACGAGCAGAACCACCUGGUGGUUGCAAGAGUCCAGAUCCCCAAUGAUGACCAGUUUGAUGCUUCUCAGUAUGACAGUGAGAAAGGAGAGUUCGGUGGCUUUGGAUCUGUGACUGGCAAAAUCGAAACAGAGAUUAAGAUCAACCACGAAGGGGAAGUGAACCGUGCUCGGUACAUGCCACAGAACCCCUGCAUCAUUGCUACAAAGACACCCGCUGCUGAUGUCUUGGUGUUUGACUACACCAAACAUCCUCCAAAACCAGACCCGAGUGGAGAGUGUAAUCCUGACCUGAGAUUAAGAGGCCACCAGAAAGAAGGCUAUGGCUUAUCAUGGAACUCCAAUUUGAGUGGACAUCUUCUCAGUGCAUCAGAUGAUCAUACUGUGUGUUUGUGGGAUAUAAGUGCUGGACCAAAAGAAGGCAAAAUUGUUGAUGCCAAAUCAAUCUUCACUGGACACUCUGCAGUAGUAGAAGAUGUGGCCUGGCACCUGCUCCAUGAAUCUCUGUUUGGAUCUGUGGCCGAUGAUCAGAAGCUUAUGAUCUGGGACACCAGAUCUAACACCACAUCCAAGCCAAGUCAUUCAGUAGAUGCUCAUACAGCUGAGGUCAACUGUCUGUCCUUCAACCCUUACAGUGAGUUCAUUCUAGCAACUGGUUCUGCUGACAAGACCGUGGCUCUCUGGGAUCUUCGGAAUCUAAAACUGAAACUCCAUUCUUUUGAGUCUCAUAAAGAUGAAAUCUUUCAGGUCCAUUGGUCUCCUCACAACGAAACAAUCCUUGCGUCCAGUGGCACUGAUCGGCGGCUGAACGUGUGGGACCUGAGUAAAAUUGGAGAAGAGCAGUCUGCAGAGGAUGCAGAAGAUGGCCCUCCUGAGCUGCUGUUUAUCCAUGGAGGACACACUGCCAAAAUUUCAGACUUCAGCUGGAAUCCUAAUGAGCCUUGGGUCAUCUGUUCUGUGUCAGAGGACAACAUCAUGCAGAUCUGGCAAAUGGCAGAAAACAUUUACAAUGAUGAAGAUCCAGACAUAGCAGCAGCUGAACUGGAGGGUCAAGGAACAUAACUUUUCUUCCUUAAGGAGAC